AUGGCUGAUGGAGAAGAUGAUAUUAAUCAAUCACCCCUUGUUAUUGAUAAUGGCACUCACAUGAUGAAGGGUGGCUUUGCUGGAGAUGAUGCACAACCGAAACUCGUGAAUAUAGGUGUAGUACUCGAUUUGGGUGAUGGAGUGACCAAUGUUGUUCCGGUUUACGAGGGCCAGACGCUUACGGAAGCUAUUGUGCCGUUGGAUUUUGCUGGUCGUGAUAUCACUAAUUAUCUCGUAAAGCUUUUGGCUGAUGAGAGACGUUACAUGUUCACCACAAGUGCGGAACGGGAAAUUGUGGAUGACAUAAAGGAGAAAAUUGCUUACGUGGCAUUGGAUUUCGAGGAAGAAUCGGAGACUGCUAAUUAUAAUAGUCCAUCUUUCGUGGAGAAGAGUUACGAGUUGCCUGACGGACAAGUUAUUACGGUAGGUCCCGAGAGGUUCCGUUGUGCGGAAGUUCUGUUCAAGCCUUCGUUGAUCGGGGUGGAAGCUUCCGGAAUUCACGAGGCGGUUUAUGGAUCGAUCAUGAAAUGCGAUGUGGAUAAACGGAAGGAUCUUUACGAAAACGUUGUGCUGAGUGGUGGGUCCACUAUGUUUAGCGGUAUUGCGGACCGUUUGGAUAAGGAAAUUACGGGUCUUGCUCCGGGAGGAACGAGGAUUACGGUUGUUGCGCCACCUGAGAGGAAGUACAAUGUUUGGAUUGGUGGCUCAAUAGUCAAUUCUUGCAUCACUCAAUGUUUGUGCAAUUUUAUUGCAAUUUUUGAGGUUAUUUGGAUUACAAAGGGAGAGUACGAGGAAUCUGGUUAUGAAAUUGUUCACAGGAAGUGUUCCACUAAUGUAUUUGCCUGAAUUAUAUGUUUCUUUAUAAUUAAUUUGUGAUUGAGAUAUUUGUUUUUAAUAAGUUGUUAACUGUGUGG